AAGUUUUGUGUGUCGUAACUUCCGGUGACGUAGUGCUGACUCUUCCCGAGUGUCCCUGAACGCACCAGUAGCCUUCAGCUGUCUGCUAACUGAGCAGCUGUCACUCUGAGAGUGUUUGCGCCCAACAAACCACACAAACUGUUACCUUUAACAGGCUUUGCCAGAAUGGCACGCGGGCAUCAGAAGCUUCAGUCUCAGCAGAAAAACGCCAAGAAACAGGCGGAGAUGAAGAAGGCCAAGGGUCACGAUCAAAAGACGGCAGCCAAGGCAGCGCUAGUGUUCAGCUGCUCUGUGUGCAAGUCCCAGAUGCCAGACCCAAAAACCUUCAAGCAACACUUCGAGAGCAAGCACCCAAAAUCCCCUCUGCCUGCCGAGUUAGAGGGAGUGGAGGCAUAAACUGUCACCCUGGAACCGGAUUCCUUCAAGGCCCUGCACCAUCUCUGCACUUGUCUCAGUCUGACAGCAAUGGAUGAUUUGAUGUUAUUAACAUGAAGCGGUUAUCUUCAUUUAGGCUUUCACAGGCCAGGUUGCCUUUAACACGAUGCUUCCUCCCAUCCAGUCCUCUUUUUCGCUCAUGUUUAAAUACACGCGGGACUAAACUUAAAUGCCGGUUUUAAUUUCAGGGCCACUGAAGACCUAUACGAUCCAGGAACAAUCCAAGUGAUUUCUCGUUUCAUCCACACCGUUUUUCAGAACAGAUGCCUCACUGCCCUGAUGUGUUGUGCACAUAGGAGUAUUUCUUGCUGCUAGCGCUUGUACCUCUCUAUCUGAAUGGAUUGAAUUGACUGAUUAAACCUUCAUAGCAAAUAUGACACAUGAGGUAAACACAUACAGUGUCCUCAAACAAAGCACGGAUUCGGCUUGGGUGGGAGAAUUCAGAUAUUUAAAUUUGCUGCUAUCAAAGCAAUGACAAACGUGACCUCGUCUAUUUUAUUUGUGCUUUGAGUAUUGAAUCAAAAGGAGGCUGUGACAUUUUUUUUUCUCAUAUCAGUUGUUGAAUAUGGAACUCCUCCUCAGCGCUGUCUGCUGGUAUACUGCAAUCUUUCAUCUACCUAAUCCUAAUUUCAUGUCACAAAAAUGUGAAAUUUCGCUAGCCAUUUCCAAGCUGCUACAUGAAUUGUAAGUUAAUAAAAUUUUACGGGAGUGUGUCGGAGACAUGUGUACGCUUGGAAAAUGAAUGAAUGCUCCAAUGAUGUAUUAUAGCAUUUUAUUAAAUUUUACUUUGUGGUAUAUCUGCGUUUCUCUAGAAAGUGUUUCUUUUCAUAAAAUGGCAUAUUUUCUGCCUUCUGGGUGUUGUAGGAUGCACCCUUGUUUGUUUUUCUACUUUGGUGGACUAAAAUUCACUUUUUGCUUUCA